AUGUUUAUAAAACUGAUACACCCGAAACACACGACAUGGACUUGGCGGCCAAAACUGAAAGCAGCAAUAGCAAACUCCCCACGCGGCAUCAACAAACGUUCCGUUGAGCUUCUCAACCUCGUUUCAAUGGAUAGCGUAUGGGAAGACAGGGAGACCAUCCCCGCCUCCUCGCGGGUAUCGCGCCUGUGGGACGGAGUCGCCUUCCCGCAUCUCUUGGCUUUCCUGAAGAUCGCGUAUGGUGUAACACCUACACUCGCGCUGGCUGGCGGAGUUCGACAACUUGCGACUUCGCUCGGGCUGCACGCGCUCGACGCCGCGCUGGCGGAGCAGCCUGAACACUCGCAACGGGUCGAUGAUACUAUGUUCUGCAGGGAACUUUGUCUCGACACGGCAAGGAGCUCGUUGGUGUUGUUGGCUUCGAUGCUGGAGCUACGCGCGAGGGGGAUCAUGCUUAAGGUAGUCCACUGGGUGUCUCAGAUUAUCGUGAGGGCGUCAUCUGAUACAUCAUUGGACGUGGAUACAUGCGAUAAUCGCCAGUUUAGCGUUGGUGUGCGCACAGUGUCUGGGAACGCAACUCCCACCGGCGCGCACUCGACCAGGGGGAGCAAUAUGAGCAGCACACCACGCACCGGCGAGAUCUUGCCUGCCAAAUCUCGAGGCAGCUACGAAGCAGACGACCCCCAACAGGGCAUCCACAGACUUCCUGUCGAGCUCCUCGACCUCGUCCUGCAAUGUCUAUGGGAGGACAAGCCCGCCAUCAUCGCCUGCUCCCAGGUAUCGCGUCUCUGGAACGAAGUCGCCCAACCGCACCUCUUCGCCUUCCUCAAGAUCGCCUCCAGGUCUGACUUUGUCGAAUUCCCCGCAUCUCUGUGGCAUGCGCACCCCGCCAUCGCGCGACACGUCCGCAAGCUCGAGCUCAAGAACGCACAAAGACGAAUCUCUUGGACGGACCACUUCGCGCCCCUAGCAGACUUCCCUGAGAUCGACCGUGCCCAGCUCUGCGCCCUCGUCGCGCCACUCCUCCACCUGCAGGAGCUGCAUCUCUACGAACUCUGCCUGCUCGACUCGCCUGGCCCGGCCCCCGACGCCCGGGACGACCUCCCCCACCGCACGCUCGAGAAACUCACCCUCUCCCGCUGCCGCGCGCGCGCCCCAGGCAGCCACACGCCGCUCGCGACCCUCCUCAACCUCGUCUCCGUCUUCGCCUCCGUCGGCACGCUCGAACUAAUCUCGAUGCAUCUCUCCGACUUCCUGCCCGCACGCCUCAUCCGCCCCGCGCGCGUGGGCGCGCUCGUCACGAGGGACGCGGGCCUCUCGCCCGGGUCCGAAGACGAGCUCUUCGAGGCGCUGCGCGAGUCGCUCGUGCCCGGAUGUCUCCGCGCGCUGCAGCUGGGGUCGCUGGGCCACGCGGCGGCGCGCGAUGUGGGUACGGUGCGCAAGUUUGGCCAGUUGGUGGGGAGCGCGGCGCGCGAUGCGCUGCAUAUCCAUCUCCCUUUCUUUUUGACUAUCGCCGUCAAGCCCCGAGAAGAUGAUCCAGAGUACUGGCGCACGCUCAACCUCCAAACAUGCACCUCCCUCCAAACCCUCGGGCUCGAUCUCUCCAUCCCUCCCGCAGAAUCAACGCACACCCCGCGCGUCCCGCUCGCCCGCGUCUGCAUCGCGCUCCUCGCGAACAUGCCCUCGACCGUCCGCAUGCUCGUGCUCAAGCUCUGGGGGCUCGACGCCGCAAACUGGCAGGUGCAGCUCGCGAACACGGACAGGCUCGGGCUGCGUGCGCUGGACGACGCGCUGGCCGGGGGGAGGCACGAUCACUUGGAGAGGGUCGAGGUGAUGCUGGACGCGCGGCAUUGUGCGUGGCGGGAGGAGUGCGAGGUGGGGCUCGGGGAGGCGAUGCCGAGGUUGCGUGCGAGGGGGGUGCUUGCGGUCGUUGACUGGGUACCGUAG